AUUGCAUUCAGACACUCUUAUUUUAACAGAUGCCAAUUAUUAUUUACAGAAAUUUUUGAAUGGAACAUAAUGAAAAACUUAUUGAAGAAUUUUGUAAAAGGGUCCAUAAAAUCCACCACAACCGCAAAAUAGCAUUAAUUACCUCUGGUGGAACUAUUGUACCAAUUGAGAAGAGAAUGGUUAGGUUCAUUGAUAAUUUUAGUCAGGGUUAUAGAGGAGCAUUUUCAGCUGAAUAUCUUCUUCAACAAAAUUAUUCCGUAAUAUUUUUGAAUCGGAAACACUCUAAAAAACCUUUCCAUUCUCAUUUUGAUAAGUGCAUUUUAGACAUGAUCGAACCUGAUAGUUUUAAAGAAGGAUUUAUUGUAAAGCAAUAUGAAAACCAGAAAAUUAACAAAUUUUACAAAAUCUAUCAUGAAUUUCAAUCAGAUGGUGCCUCCCUACUAGAAAUUGAAUUUCAAACUGUAACUCAAUAUCUAAAUUUACUUGAAAAAUCUUGCCGAAUAUUAAAUCAAUUCAACAAGUUAGCCUUAAUAUAUUUAUCAGCCGCUGUUUCUGACUUUUAUAUUCCAGAUGAGAAACAAGCAUUGGACAAAAUUUCUUCCACUGGAAAGUCUUCUCUAACCCUGACCCUUUACCCGGUUCCCAAGCUAUUGGGCAAAGUAAAAUCUGACUGGGCCCCUAAUGCUUUCGUGGUAUCCUUCAAAUUGGAAACUGACGAGGAUCUCUUAGUGAAGACGGCUACUAAUUCGCUGCUGACUUAUGGCCAGGAUAUCGUGGUGGCCAAUCUUCUGGCCACCAAAACCUCUACCGUUCAGAUUAUAAACCGUCAGAAUUUGGCGCCUUCUAAUCAUUCGAUUACGUAUAAUCAUAAUAAUAGCGAUGCUACGAAAGAGGGAGUUGACAAGAUGGGAAGAAAUACGGAAGAAGAGGUUAUCGAAAAACAGGUUUUAGCUUUGACCGAAGAUCAGAUCGCGGGGGACGUUAAGAUAGAGGAACUUUUGGUACGCGAAAUCGUAGGUCGCCACGAGAUCUAUAUCAGCAGCCCCUUGUCAAUUACGUGUUAACGCCGAUUGGAUGAAUAACUUUAAAAAUUUGUCAGGAAUAAUAUUCUUAAAUUAAAUUAGCAAAAUUUAUUAUAUAUCAAGUUAUUUCCGGUUUUUUCUUUUACUAGAUAAUAAUAAUAAAUUGCUAGAAAAAUUAACUUCUAAUCACUAAAAUCUUUAAAUUUGUUACUAAAUGCUCAAAUAAAUUUGAUCUUAUAUAAUACUCGCGUAAUUAUUUACCUUUAUAGCGAAUUUUUAUUUAUUGUAAAAUU